GGGAAGACGCUAAGGAAUCUUUUUUUUUUCCUUCCCUUUCACUGGGAUUUUAAGUUAUAAGUUAUACACAAGAAAAAAAAUCUAGGCGAUCUGAGUAAGAACGCUUGUUUUUUUUUUCUUCCCCCGUGUGUGAGGAUUAGUACAUACAAGUUUUACCUCAUGUCGUGUUUUCAAAUCUGGAAGUUAUUACUUCCAUAGCUAACAGUCUUCUCUGUUUAUUUAUUCGGCGGUUAUCUGGGCCGUUACAGGUAAACUGCUUUGAGCAAAAUUUGAAUUAAGUGAGAAAUAAUGUUACUGGACGCUGGUCACCAGUUCCCUGGCUUGGGAGUGGGGACAUUUGCGAGGCAUCACGCGGCAAGCGACAUGCAGGACAGGGACUUGAGUUUAGCGCAGAACAGCUUCGUUGACUCUGCGCACAUGGGCGCUUUUAAACUGAACCACGAUCUCUCCCCCGGACAGAGCUCAGCGUUCACCUCACAAGCCCCUGCUUACCCCGCCGCGGCUCUGGGCGCGCACGCGGCUCAUGUCACUUCGUAUGCGAGCUCGCCGUUCAACUCGACUCGGGACUUCCUUUUCCGCAGCCGAGGUUUCGGAGAAUCGCCCCCGGCGAGCGGCCAGCAUGCCAUCUUCGGCCCCACUGCGGGGUCCCUGCACCAUUCCCACGCAGACAGCCAAGGCCACAUUCUGUUCCCCGGGAUCCACGACCAGCACGCCUCGCAUGGAUCCCCAAACGUGCUCAACGGGCAAAUGCGACUUGGACUACCGGGCGAGGUAUUCGGACGAUCAGACCAGUACCACCAGGUCUCAAGCCCUCGGACCGACCCUUACUCAGCAGCCCAACUCCACAACCAAUACGGCUCCAUGAACAUGAAUAUGGGGAUGAACAUGGCAGCGCAUCACCACCAUCCUGGUGCCUUCUUUCGCUACAUGCGGCAACAGUGCAUCAAGCAAGAGCUCAUCUGCAAAUGGAUCGAUCCGGAGCAGCUGAAUAACCCUAAGAAAAGUUGCAAUAAAACUUUUAGCACAAUGCACGAGCUUGUCACCCAUGUCUCAGUUGAGCACGUCGGAGGACCGGAGCAAAGCAACCAUGUCUGCUUUUGGGAAGAUUGUCCGCGGGAAAGCAAACCCUUCAAAGCUAAAUACAAAUUAGUGAAUCACAUCCGCGUGCACACAGGAGAGAAACCUUUCCCCUGCCCGUUCCCUGGCUGUGGCAAAGUAUUCGCACGAUCAGAGAAUUUGAAGAUUCACAAGAGGACGCACACAGGGGAGAAACCAUUCCAGUGUGAGUUUGAAGGCUGCGACAGGCGCUUUGCAAACAGCAGUGACCGGAAGAAGCACAUGCACGUGCACACGUCGGACAAACCGUAUUUGUGCAAAAUGUGCGACAAAUCCUACACUCACCCCAGUUCUCUUCGAAAGCACAUGAAGGUUCACGAAUCUUCCCCGCCAGGGUCCGACUCGUCUCCGGCAGCAAGUUCUGGAUACGAGUCGUCCACACCCCCCGGGCUGGUGUCACCCUCCACCGAGACCCAGAGCAACACCAACCUGUCGCCCUCGUCCGGCGUACACAGCUCAAACGCACACAGCGGCCUGUCGUCCAACUUCAGUGAGUGGUAUGUUUAG